UUUCUUGAGUUAACCAUGCACGUGAUGAGCUUUUCUUUAUUUGUAGAUGACCAUUCAAGAGUACACCUGAAUACUCUACCUGAAGAUCAAAAUUCCGACUAUUUUAAUGCAAGCCAUAUUUCUGAUUACUCGGGAAAUCACAAAUACAUUGCUGCUCAAGGUCCAUCUGAAGCUUUGAUUUACGACUUCUGGAGAAUGAUAUGGGACAAGCAUGUGCCAGCCAUAAUCAUUUUGACAAAACUUUUCGAGAGGGGGAAAAUUAUGUGCACACAGUAUUGGCCUAAUUCUAAUUCUAGAAGUUAUGGAAAGAUAAAAGUGUGCCUAAAGUCAAUUGACGAUAAAAACAGCUACACAAUAAGAUGUUUUUCCAUUCAAAGGGAAGGUUGCACAGAAGUGAAAAAGGUUUAUCAGUACCAUUUGAAGACCUGGCCUGAAUGCGGAGUACCUAAUCGCACGUAUGAUCUGCUAAACAUGUGGGCCACUUUUCGCAGGAGAUUCCCCUGCAGCAUUAAUGAUCCAGUUGUAGUACAUUGCAGCGCUGGAAUUGGCCAAACUGGCACAUUCAUUCUAAUUGAUGCAAUGAUAGAGCUUGCACAGACCCAGAAAAAAGUUGACGUUUUCAAUUAUCUCAAUUUUAUUCGAAGUCAAAGGAUUGGUCUUGUUCAAGUAAAGGAACAAUACAUUUUUGCAUAUAAUGCGCUGCUUGAAGUCAUAGGCUGCAAAGAAACUGCGAUUAAACCCCAGGAAUUGAAACGUCGAAUGAACAUAAUGCAGCCCAAAGGUGUAACUGGCAAAACUUCAUUCGAGGAAGAGUUUGAGCGACUUUCCUGGACAAAUAAAUUCUUUAAUGAUGCAAAUGCUAGAGCUGGAAGUGAAGGAAACAACAUAACAAAAAACAGAAUUACAGAAAUCAUACCAAAUGAUGUGCAUCGUGUGGUUUUGAAGCAGGCAAUUUAUGAAAACAACAGUGGUUCUGACUACAUAAAUGCCACUUACGUAAAUGGCUAUAGUAAACUCAACGCCUUCAUCGCGACACAGCACCCACUGCCAGAGACUAUUGACGAUUUCUGGCUAAUGAUUCAGCAGACAGAAGUGUCUAUGGCGGUCCUUCUUAGCAACACUAUUCAUGGAAGCAUGGACCUUCCCAUCUUUUGGCCUCCACUGCACACAGCUCGGGAAUAUGGCGGUGUUUUAGUAAACCACCAAUCAGAGGAGAGCAACAGUGGCAGCAUUGAACGGAUGUUUACUGUCAGGAAUGUUGACUCAGCAGAGAAAUGGAGAAAUCUGACAAUGCUCCAGUUUGAGGGUUGGACUGAUCAUGGCGUUCCAAAAGACUUGGACAAAUUUAUAUCGCUGCUAAACAAAGUUGAAACACAUAAACAAAAUCAGUCUGAUGACAGACCAGUUGUAAUCAUCUGCAGAGAUGGUGCUGGUCGCUCUGGCACAUUUAUCGCUAUUUCACUCAUUCUGGAACGGUUCAAGGCAGAACAAGUUAUAGAUUUCUUUGAAACAAUCAAACUGAUCAGAGGUUUUCGACCUGAGUUUGUGGAUAAUGCUGUUCAGUACAAGUUUUGCUACACUGCUGCUCAAGCUGUCGUCAACUCGUAUGGUACUUAUGAAAACAUGUAUGAAUAAGAGCUGUUACCGCUACAGCGAUAUUUUCCAGCAACGAGAAUAUUGCAGCACUUUUGCGUGAAUGAAUUAUAAAACUAUGAACAUAUUUUGUAUCAAAAUAUCUGUGUUAUACGCACAUUUUAUAAAAUAUUUGUUUAGCUUUUUUUAUCAUUUUGUAUAAGUAGUGCGAUAUAAUCAGAGCAACUCAUUCUUGUAUAAGCUGAAAUUCGGAGCCAACCCCUUAUUAAUACACUGACUUGACAACACACGGUGAGACUCUAA